AGUGAGUGGCAAGCACGUAGAAAAUGUGAUUUAUUAUAACAACGUACGCAUACAUAUUUUCUUUUCAAGAGGAAGGGAGUGGAAGUUGUGUAAGAUUGUAUAAUUUGUGGCAUCACUGUAUUUCCUAAGGAAGAGGCAAUUGGACAUAUAACUUUAAUAAGUAAUUCAUUUUAGAAAAAGAGGAAAACCAAAAUGGUGAGUCUGAUUGACAGUUUGUUACCGGAACAAUGGAAGGAAGUCUCGUUAGGUGAAAAAGGAGAUGGUUUUGCUGAAUAUCAUCUGAACAGACAAAGAAACCACCCAGAUCCCAAUACAUUACGUCUUUUCUUAACUAAUGAUGAUGGCGAUCCUAUAACGGCCAUGAUCAAAGGGACACAACCAAAUGAUGAUCCAUUCAAAGCCGUCAACGCAUGUGAAUUUAAAUUAAAAGGGGAGGAAGUCGUCGGUAUAGACAUAUGUGGUGAUGUGGUGUUAAAGAAAACGUAAUUCAUUGAUUAUAAACUGUGCGCGUUGAAAUGUGUCUUUAUAUGUUACCAAUGUCCCUCCAACUAUUCCACAAUAUAUGGAACUAUAUUCAAUUAUAGUUUUAACAAUUGUGUAUAUGUUAACAUUUACCAUUUUAUGCAGAUAUACAAAGGACAUACUAUAUGAAACUAUACUCAAAUGUAUUUUGAACAAUAGUGUAUAUAUAAACAUGUGACCAUUUUAUACAGAUCUACAAAAAAGGACUACAAACACCGAGAAAUAAAUGUUUGUCUUUUUAAUCAAUAUUGUGAUGAAACAGUUCUUGCUUUUUAAUAAAAAAAAAAAUUCUGUACACUCCAAAUUGAUGAAAAACAAUGUAAAUGAUGAUCAAAAAGCAGUACACAAAGUUAUUAUUUGAAAAUUGCUCAAUUAGAUGUACGAUUAUAACUAUAUGCUUCAAGUUCCUAUUGUCAUAACCAUAUCGUAGUGGUUUGUUCACCUUUUCUAUUUGUUAUUUUUGUAUAUUAAAUAUGUAAAUAA